AUGAACGCCGACGAGUACCUCGAUUACAUCAGCAAUAGAUCUGUAUGCAUGAUCCUGACUCAUCACAACAGCGGCAACUACGCACUCAACGAGGACGAGAGGGGGGCCGUCGCAGCGGCAUCCGAAGGCCGAUUGGAGGAUCUGCAUCGAUACGACAAGGGUGUGGUGCGGUGCGGCGGCGACAUGCCACUCAGGAUGGCGGCCAAGGGUGGUCAUCUGGCGUACGUGCGUUAUCUGCUCGAGGAGUGCGGUGCCGACAUCCACGCCGAAUCCGACCGACACGAUUCGAUUACGCUGGCUCUGACCAAGGACGCGAUCAUCUCAAGCGCGGCCCACCGAAACGACAUCGAGAUGCUCGAUUACCUGCUUUCACGCCACCCCGAGCGCCUCUGCACCGACCACGCCGCAAGGAACAUUACGUCGGACAUAAUGAAUGCGAUUUCGGAUGGACACGUCGAAGUCGUCGGGCGCCUGCUGGCGCACGGGGAAAAGGCGCCGAAAAAGGCCGUACGCUACCUCCGUUGGUACACGCCCGAGGAAUCCGUGAUCCCCAUCCUCGAGCUGUUCCUCUUUGGCGAGUGCGCUCAGUCCUUAUCGUCCGAGGAAUGGUCGGAUCUCCUCAGCACGGCCGCACUCAACCACAAACUCGAACGCGCCAAGUGGAUCGCCGCGCGUUGUCCUCGAGACCGGCAACUCGACUACGAUGAGGCACUCUACUCGGCCACAUACAGUAAUCAUGAAUACGGCGAUUAUCCGAUGAUCGUUUGGUUGCUCGAUCAAGGAGCACGGUUCGAUCAGAUCAAAAUCAAGGACGGGCUACAGGUGCUCCCAAACAUGAACGGUGAGGUCCAUGUCGCCCAUGCGGCGCCAGUGCGUCGGUAUCUAUCGCGCAAAUGA